AUGGUGUCUACAACGAAAGCCUCAAAAAAGCCAGUGAAAGAAUCGAAGCGGGUCACGAAGCCGACCCCCACUGCUACGCCAAAAUCUACAAAGUCGAAGGCGGAGAAAACAGCCGUCCCCUCCAGUCCAUCUACCAAACCACAAGCUACACCGAAAUCCUCGUCAAACUCGAAGUUCAUCUCGAAUGCCCUCAUCAAGCCAAAAUCCGAACCCAAAAAGGCAGUGCCUGCCGUGAACAAAACCAAACUAUCGAAGCCGUCAGACGUGAAGCGACUCUCAAAGCUUGCUCCUCCGGCGGACUCUGCUGAAUCAUCUGAUGAGGAAAGAGACGGAGAACAGAACGAAAAUUCGGAUAAAGGUGAUGAUGGGAGUAGCGAGGGGGAAGAAGACACACACUUACAUGGUUUCUCGUCAUCUGACGAUGACUCUUCCGACGACGAUGAUAUGGACGUUGAGCCGGUUGUAAUCGAUGUCGGAAAACUCCCUACGAUAGCGAAGGACGACGAAUCUGUCAAACGUAAGCUUGAUAAGGCGAAGAAACAACCUACCCAAGACAGGGGUGUCAUUUAUCUCGGCCGACUACCGCAUGGUUUCUUUGAGGCCCAACUCAAAGCCUACUUCUCACAAUUCGGGGACGUGACCCGACUACGCGUCUCGCGGAAUAAACGGACUGGACAUUCAAAACAUCGCGCGUUCCUUGAAUUUGAUUCUUCCUCUGUUGCCCAGAUCGUUGCAGAGACCAUGGACAACUACCUUCUCAUGGGGCAUUUGCUUAUCUGCAAAGUGAUCCCCAAAGAUGAAGUCCAUCCCGAACUUUGGAUUGGCGCCAACCGAAAAUGGCGUAAGGCUCCUACAGCUCGGAUAGCGAGACAAGUCCACAAUAAGCCUCGGACCGAGGAGGAGAUAGAACGCGCCACCAAACGUCUCCUCAAAAGGCAGGAUCAGAAAAAACGAAAACUCGCAGAGGCGGGGAUCAACUAUAACAUGGAUAAGGUAGCAUACAAAAAGCCAAAGUCGGCUAUAUCAUGA